AUGGAGCAGCAUCGUCAGCAGCUGGAGCAACAACACCCCCGGUCCUACCAGGUGGUGAAGGCGGCCACGGUAGUAACCGCGGGUGGGUCUCUCCUUCUCCUCUCCGGACUGACCCUCGCCGGAACCGUAAUCGCACUCACAUUAGCCACCCCUCUGCUGGUGAUAUUCAGUCCGGUUGUGGUCCCUGCGGCCAUAACGGUGUUCCUUCUGCUGGCCGGGUUCUUGGCGUCGGGAGGAUUCGGUGUGGCGGCGGUGACGGUGUUGUCAUGGAUCUACAGGUACGUGACGGGGAGGCAGCCACCGGGUGCGCAGCAGUUGGACCAAGCGCGUAUGAAGCUGGCGAUUAAGGCUCGGGAGAUGAAGGAUAGGGCUGAGCAGUUCGGUCAGCAGCAGGUGACGGGCUCUCAGGCUUCUUAGGUUCUCUGUGCGUGUUGUGUGUUGUAGGGUUGGUGAUUUAGUUGAGGUGGAAAUCAGAUGGAGGUUCUGUAGCUGGUGUAGUUUUGGGGUUUCUUGAUCUGCCAUUUUUAGUUUUUUAAUUAUUAUUAUUUUUUGUUUUUGUUGUUGUAGCUGUAUGCGCUUAAUUUGGGGGUUGUUUGGGGGUCUUGUAUGUAUUUGUUCGCGCGUAAUAAUUUGUAAUGUGAUCAUCCCAGUCUCUUUAAUUUGUAAUGUGAUCUAAGUCUCUUUAAUAAAAACUGAGUUGUUACUAAUGUAAAGUAGAAGCUUUGGAAGGAUAGUGGUAGUGGUGGGUAAAACACGACAUGUGUGCAUUACCAUGUAAUUUUGAGAAGUCGA